AUGGACGACAAAAAGAUAGAGGCUAGGCGCGAAAUCGACGAGUCAUUCAAACUGUGUUUAUUCUCGAUGAAAUUUAUCGGUUUGUCGUUCACAAAACCGGCGAGCAACGAGGCGUAUUUGGUGCAGAAAAUGAUAGUUCUAAUUUCAGUGUGCAGCAUCUGUUACCACGUCUUCAGCGAAGUUAUGAAUAUCAUUUUCACGUUUGCCAAUUCCCCGAAGGUUGAGGAGGUGGUGCCACUGUUUCAUGUUCUGGGAUAUGGAGCUCUAAGCAUCUUCAAAAUGUCCGUUAUGUGGUAUCAAAAGGAUGUUUUUAACAGACUGAUUGAGGAGCUUUCUAGUAUUUGGCCCAUGCCUCCGAUGAACGAGGAGUCACAGCGGAUAAAGGAGAAAAGCUUGUCAGCUCUGCGAGUGAGACAUUUAGGAUACUACUACGUCAAUUUAUACGGCGUUUGGUUCUACAAUAUAACUCCAAUAUUUGUAUUUCUUCAUGAAAGAUUUCAAGGAAUGGAGACAAAAUUCGGCUUUGUUUGGACGUCGUGGUACCCGUUUGACAAGCACCAACCCUUCGCGCAUUUUAUGGUUUAUCUUUUUGAGAUAUACGCAGGAGUAACCUGCGUUUGGAUCAUGGUGGCAUCGGAUUUGCUGUUUUCCGGACUGGCGAGCCACAUAGGCUUGCUUUUGAGGAUUCUUCAACGUCAGCUAGAAUCUCUUGGUACAACUCGGAAAACUGAAGAUGAGCAGUACAACGAUAUAAAGUCCAGUAUAAAGUUACACCAACGUCUCAUAAGUUACUGUAUGAGCAUAGAAGAGGCAUUUUCUUUUGUAAAUCUUAUCAAUAUAUCAAUGAGCUCCGUCAACAUUUGCUGCGUCGUCUUCGUUAUUGUGCUGCUAGAACCAAUGAUGUCUGUAAGUAACAAGCUGUUCCUGAUGUCACAGCUCCUACAGACCGGAGUGCUGUGCUGGUACGCUGAUGACAUCAUCAAUGCGAACGCCAGAAUAGCGGUCGGGGCGUACAACAGUCGCUGGUAUGAGAUGAGCCCGCGCUGUCGAAGAGCUUUACGUUUUCUCAUAUUAAGGGCUCAGAAGCCUAUUGCGUUCACGGCUAUGAAAUUUACGAAUAUUUCUCUAGUAACGUAUUCGUCGAUUCUUAUGAGGUCUUACUCCUACUUCACUCUCUUGUAUACGAUGUACAGGGACGGGUGAGGAGAAUGCAAGAAAAUAG